CUACACAUCAGUCUUUCACAGCCUUCUUCCUUCAGUUGCAUGCGAAACCAUUUUCUGAUGUUUUCUGCAAUCCCUCUAUUCAUAUGUCUGUCAUAUUUUCAUGGCUAAUAGUUAAUGAAAUAGCUUGUCAAUCUCAUAGACCAGUGUAUUAGCAUCGCAUGCAGACGUCAUAGAAGCUCAAACUUCUAGCUAUGAAGGCAAUUAACAAAAGGGCACUAUGCGUCCCUCAGAAUUCAUCCAGCCUAACAAAACCAGUAAUGGUGGUGAAGAGGAGUGCACGGUGAGGGAGCAAGACAGGUUUAUGCCUAUCGCCAACGUGAUACGGAUCAUGCGGAGGAUCUUACCUGCUCACGCCAAGAUCUCAGACGACUCCAAGGAGACGAUCCAAGAGUGUGUCUCGGAGUACAUCAGCUUCAUAACAGGGGAGGCUAAUGAGCGGUGCCAGCGGGAACAGCGCAAGACCAUUACUGCUGAGGACGUCUUGUGGGCAAUGAGCAAGCUGGGUUUUGAUGACUACAUCGAACCCCUCACAUUGUACCUCCACCGCUACAGAGAGUUGGAGGGAGAACGAGGGGUUAGCUGCGGUGCUGGAUCUGUUAGUAUGACCAAUGGCUUGGUGGUCAAGAGGCCUAACGGGAACAUGAGCGAGUACGGAGCCUACGGGCCUGUGCCAGGGAUUCACAUGGCGCAGUACCAUUAUCGUCAUCAGAGCGGGUUUGUUUUCAGCGGUAACGAACCUAAUUCAAAGAUGAGUGGUUCAUCUUCAGCAGCAAGCGGCCCCAGAGUUGAAGUAUUUCCGACUCAACAACAUAAGUACUGAGAACAAUGGCUAAUAUCGUAGACAGCUGACAGAGCGGGAGUCAUAACUGUUAGUAGGCCCAAGUUGUAGCUUAUGAAAUCAAGGUUUAAGCAAAAAAGAAAAAAAUGAUGUUUUUUCUUUGUUUGUCAUCUACUUGAAAGAACAUGAAGUUUUUCAUCUGA